UUACAUCAGCAGACAAGCUGUGUGUGGAACAUGAAACACCAGAUAGUACCCACAGCGGUCACAGCUGCGGUGACAACUUCACAAACUGACUGUGUUGUGUCCUCACCGACACCUGUUCAGUUUGCGGACCAUCCUUCACUCCCUGAAAGCCCCCCACUUCCCACCAAACAUCAUCCAGCCAAGAUGGUCAACCGUCUCAAAUCCUUAGUGAGUAAAAAAAAGAAACGCUUUCAGGCCGACGGCUUCGACUUAGAUCUAAGCUACAUUUCUUCACGCAUAAUCGCAAUGGGAUUUCCUGCGGAGCGUAUUGAGGGGCUCUAUCGGAACCACAUCGAUGAGGUUUCUCGGUUUUUUGAACAGAAACACAAAGGCCAUUACAAGAUUUAUCAUCUCUGCAAUGAGAGGGACUUUAAUGCCUACCGCUUCUCCGGACCGGUUGUCCGCUACCCCUUCUCCGACCACAAUGCCCCUCAGUUCGGACAAAUCCUUGCACUCUGCAAAGACGUCAUGCAAUUCCUAAACCAACAUCCAGAAAACGUCGUUGCUAUCAACUGCAAAGCUGGAAAGAUCCAGACGUUGAUCUCGGGGCUUGCCUACGUUCCGCUGCGCCUCGCCGAUUGGGCUAGUCCGCGCGCGAGCGAGCGAGCGAGCGAGCGAGCGAGCGAGCGGCAUUCGAGACGCACGCGCACGCAUCCAUCGAUCGCGAAGGCUGUUUGCGCGAUCUCGUGCGCGUGCGCGCGCGUGCGUGCGUACGGCUGUGAGGUUGUAUCCGCGUCGCCGUCUCGCGUAUACGACGGCGGUGUCGACGGCAGCUGUGUUGUCCUCCCGCCGGCCGCCGCCGUCGUCGUCGUCGUUCGUGGUCGCACUGGGGUGAUGGUUUGUGCCUGCCUAAUGGAAUUACAGGAGGCCCAAGAUGCCGAGGAGGCGUUACGCAUCUACGCCGAGAGACGGACGCGCAACGGCAAGGGUGUCACCAUACCCAGCCAACGACGAUACGUCCAGUACUACAGUCGCCUCCUUUCCUCCGGUCUCGCCUACGAACCCAAGCCCCUCCGCCUCACAUCCAUCCGAAUUGAAGGGCUCCCCCACCAGCUACACGGUGUAACUUCUUUUGUAGACUUCGAAUUAAGCAUCUCUACGUACGAGAAACGAUUGUCGUGCAACCACAAUUCCGAAUCCGCGUCCACGGACGUAACAUCCUCAUCUUACCCCCACACUCAGUUCCACCAUAACCACUCCGCUAUGUACGCCACGAUCGAUCACAGUCCAGACUGCAUCUGCCAUUGUCAUUCAGAGGUAACUACCUACCAGAUCCCGUGCUCCACGCAUCAUAUUGAUGCGGAAAACUACCUCAUCCGCCUCGACGAGCCUGUGACAGUUUUUGAGGAUUUUCGGAUCAAGAUCAAAGCCAAAAGCGGGGUUUUGGCAAAAAAGAUAGGUCAAUGCUGGCUGAACACAUUUUUCAUCCUUGACAACGGGGCCGCCACCUUUCCUCCGGCUGAUAUUUCAAACCUGGCCACCGGGAUCUUCUCCAUGUCUGACUCCAAUUCGGGUUCUUCCUCGUCAUCGGAGUCCUCUGUUUCAACUUCCUCCUCCACAUCUUCAUCUGUGAGGGCGUCACCACCCCGAUUCGCGAGAGAUGUGGAUGCGGAGGAAUGGCCUACGCUUACUUCGAAUCCCUUGCUUCUCCAGUCCCCUGCUUCCGAGGAUUCAGUGUCAUUCCAAAGGAGUUCCAGCUCCCUCCGGUCCGGCACAUCCAAGACCGACGUGUCAGCGGCUGUUAAUCUUAUCCCCAAAAGGGAAAACGCCGGUUACGGUGUCAGUAUAACCAAAAAGCGCAAGAAGUGUACUGGCUCUUUGCUGAAUGAUCGCACCCUUGUUCCAUUUCAGACUUCUCCAAGCUCCAACAUGGUCUCUCCUUCCCUAUCCACCCAGUUGGCCACUCCGCUGGCGGUGCACAUUCUCGAGCUUUCUCAAUCCGAACUGGAUGCCGCCUUCAAGGGCAAAAAGGGAGAGGCUUUCAAGGUGUGUGUGCAUGUGUGUGUGUGCGCGCGUAAAAAGACCAAAUCGCCGAACGCGCGUUACACCGUUGCGUGGAAUUUACUGCUGUCGCUGCACCACGGCAUGCUUUCCCCUGUACUUUAG